GGAGCGGUCGCCCUGUUGUCCUCAGCGUAUUUAUUCGGGAGGGGGGGACAUGCACGUAGGGUCCGUCCGGUCACACGUGGACCAAACACGCACCCCCGCCAGAAGAAAAAGACAAAGACAAGCGGAGCUGAGCUAAAAAGAAAUUUUGAAGCAGUCUGUUCUAAGAUGGCCGCCGUCAGCGCCCUCUUCCUGCUGUGGCUGGCGGUGGCGUGCCAAGCCGACGAAGGUGAGGAGGCGGUCGCCGGCGUGGUGGAGGUGGCGCGCGGACGCUCCGUCUACCUCCGGAGGGAGCAGCUGAGCGUCCGGGCGGAGGCCGACGUCCACUGCAAGGUGGAGGUGGUCCUCAACGAGCCAAUCACGCAGCGCGUUGGACGACUCACGCCUCAGGUGUUUGACUGUGACUUCCCGCCGGAGGAAGUCAUGUACCAACACAACGGAAGUCCUCUGUUGGACACCGACCGAGUCUUACUGCGCAUCUACUGGUUGGGCCUUUCUCGAACGACGGUGGAGUCGGCCGUGUUGCACGUCCGGGUGGUGGACCCGUCGCCGGGUCUGGUGGACUUUGGGCCCACUCUUCUGGUAGUGCCGGCCUUCUACGGUCUGUCCAACGCCAUCGACGAAUCGGUGGUCCGCGUCCGAAUUACGGGGGACGCGGCGUGCGCCGUGCGUUCUGUGGCGUCCCCCGGGGUCCUGACCGCCGGUCAGCUCGUGCUGGGGGAUGACGCCGCCCAAAGGAAAGGUCGCGACGCGGCGGCGCUCUGCCCGGGCAACGAAGCUUGCGUGCGCGGGACCAAGGAAGUGGGCGUCCUGAAGACCAGUUGCCAGGACUUUCUGACCUCCGGCCUCAGGUACCAACAUCUCAGGCCGCCCUCGCCCGACCUGGACUAUAUCGCCAUCAGCGUGGAACUGCGGGAGCGGGACACCAGGGCUCUGCUGGAGACGCAGACUCUUUGGCUGCCGGUGCGGAUCGAGGGAGCGGCGCCCAACCAGCCGCCGCGGGCCGCCUUCCUGGCAUCUCUCAUCCUGGAAGUGGACCAAUUCGUCCUGACCCCCAUCACCACCGCCGCCCUGGACGCGGAAGACCCCGAGAGCACCAAAGAGGGCCUGCUCUUCAACGUGAGCGCUCCGCCCCCCCGGGGAUACGUCACUCACUUGGAUCGGCACAGCAGGCCCGUGAGCUCCUUCACCUGGUCCGACUUGCACCAUCUCAAGGUGGCCUACCAGCCCCCUAACACCAGCCGUCCCACGCGAGAGAAUUUUCAGAUGGAGUUCCGGGCGGUGGACGAGAGGUACGCGAGCAGUCCGCCCAUCGUGGUCCACGUGUCCAUCAGGGCGGCGGAGACGAACGCUCCGCGGGUGUCUUGGAACACGGGUCUGGACCUGCUGGAGGGCCAGUCGCGGGCCAUCACGUGGGCGGAGCUGCAGAUCGUCGACCGCGACAACAUCGACGCCGUCUUCCUGGUGGCCGUGGACGGGCCUCUGCACGGGCGUCUCAGCGUCAGAGGUACCAAGUCGUUUAAGUUCACCAUACGGGACCUGCGCGAGGGGACGGUGCUCUACCAGCACUCGGACAGCGACGCCACCCGGGACCACGUGGUGUUCCGCAUCAGCGACGGCCAGCACAGCAUCCGCCACAAGUUCCCCAUCAACAUCCUGCCCCGGGACGACGCGCCGCCAUUUUUGGUGAACAACGUGGCGCUGGAAGUGCCCGAGGGCGGCGCCCUCAGGCUGGACCAAUCCACGCUCUUGGCCUCCGACCUGGACUCUGGCGACGACCGCAUCGUCUUCAGGGUGGAUGUCCCACCGAGGGCCGGACACAUCGUGAGGAGGACCUCGCCAGAGGACCCAGGCCUCCCCGUCAGCGCCUUCCUCCAGCGCGAAUUGACUCGGGGUUUUAUCUUCUACCAACACUCCGGAGACGAAAUCUUUGAGGACUCCUUCGACGUCACGUUGGCCGACACGCACACUCCGCCCAACCUGUCGCACGCUUAUACGGUGGUGGUGAGCGUGUUCCCGGUUGAGGACCAGCUUCCAGCAGAAGCUUCCGGAAGCGUGCGACACGUGACGCUGAAGGAGACCGAAGUGGCGUACAUCACCCGAGCGCACCUGCACUUUACUCACGCCGAACACCCGCACACAGACCUCACCUACACCGUCACCCGACCCUGCUACAGCCCUGGACAUCCCGGUUUAAUGGAUGCGGGUCGGCUCUUCUUUGUGGACGGCGCCGCCCUCAAGCGGGACCCGACAGCACCAGUGCUGAAGUCAUUCACUCAGCACGCCGUGGACCACCUGAAGGUGGCCUACAUGCCGCCGGUGGAGGAUAUCGGUCCGGACGAACUCUACGUACACUUUGUCUUUUCGGUUAGCGACCAUCGUGGUGGCACUGUGAUGGACGUGCUUUUCAAUAUUACUGUCACGCCAGUGGAUGACCAGGCGCCCGAGGCUUUUACCAAUCUGCUGCGCGUGGAGGAAGGCGGUUGGGCGUUCGUGACGGAGGAGCACCUGCAGGUGCGGGACCGCGACACCCGUGCGCCGGACCUCAAGGUGGCGCUGGAGAGGCCGGCGCGACACGGCCGUCUGGAGCUGCGAGGGCGGAGCCUACCCCAGGCUCACGCUUUUUUCUUGUCUGAUCUGAGGGAACGCGCCGUCAGGUACGUCCACGACGACUCCGAGACCACCGAGGACGACGUCGGGCUACGCGUGACUGACGGCGUCAACGGCAUUUUGGUGGACCUCCUUGUUCAGGUCGUUCCAGUGAACGAUGAGCCCCCGCGUUUGGGCUCUGGCCUCCGUGGCGAUCUGCGCUGCCCGGAGGGCGGCCGCGUACAGCUGACGGCCGACUACUUGGCGGCCAGCGACCGUGACGGCGACGACGACAAGCUGAGCUACAUGUUAGCGCGCCGACCCGCUGGUGGUCAGCUGCAUAGGGCAGGAACUCCUGUGGACAAGUUCUCGCAGCGAGACCUCCUACAAGGCCACGUCUUCUACGUGCACACGGGUGGUGAGAUCGGCCCCGCCCCCACCAUCGACACGGUCACGCUCAUCAUAUCGGACGGUGAUGCGGGAGUGCCGGACGACUGUUGCCACGGGGACGCGCCGCCUGUCCCGCUGCACGGCACACUUCCUGUCUAUGACCUCAACGUCACGCUACUUCCUGUCAAUAACAAAGUUCCCACUGUCAUUUUGGGAGCGUCUGCGCUGGCGGUGGACGAGGGUUCUCGGGCGUGUCUUUGCGAAGGUGUCCUGGGGGCCUCGGACCCUGACACCGAUCCCGAGCAGUUGACCUUUCACCUUGACGCCAAACCUCUGCAUGGUUUUCUGGAGAACGUUCAACCCACGCCAGGAUACGAGAAGAGCAACGCCGGAAUACCCAUAGAGCGCUUCAAGUUGACGGAGCUCACGUCGGGCUUCAUCAACUACGUGCAGUCGGAGCACGAGGGGGCGGAGCCCACGGAGGACAGGUUGCUGAUCAGCGUGAGCGACGGCCUGCAUCACUCCGCCUCCGUCCCCGUCCAUGUCGUCAUCCGGCCCGUUAACGAUGAGAAGCCCAAGCUGAGGCUCGCCAACUUUACCGUGAAGGAGGGCGGGACGCGGGAGUUGACGCCGUCCCUGCUGGACGCCUCGGACCUGGACGCCCCCUCGGACGAGCUCACUUUCACCCUGACCGGGGCGCCGGAGCACGGCGGCCUGAAGGCGGGCGGCUCGCGUGACGGGGAACCCUUGGUGGGCGUGUCCUCCUUUACGCUGCGGCAGCUCCGGGACGGUCUCCGCUUGUGGUACGAGCACGACGACUCGGAGAGCCCCGAGGACCGGCUGACCCUGCGGCUGACAGAUGGCGUCCACUCGCUGAGCGCCACCGCCGCCGUCCGCGUGCUGCCCGUCGACGACCACCCGCCCCGCCUCCUCAAGAACGCCGGCGUGGAGGCGGAGCCCGGCUCCCGUCGGACCAUCUCCGCCGUGGUCUUGCAAGCGGAAGACGCCGACACGCCGCCUUGUUCUCUCUUCUACCUUCUGGACGCCGCGCCGCGCUUGGGGAAACUGCACCUGAAGGGCGAUGCGAGCGAGACGGAGCUGGCGGCGGGUCACAACUUCACUCAGGACGACGUGGACGAGAACCGGCUAAGCUACGCGGCGUUCGCGAACGCCACGGGGCUAAGCGACACGGGUGGGGUCAAAGGUCACGACAGCUUUCGCUUCAGUCUGAGCGACCUGCGACAUCAAAGCCCCGCCCACGUGUUCCAAAUCAACAUCAACGUGCCGUACAAAGGUGACGUCUCGCUGUGGAUCGGGCCGUUGUGCGUGGCGGCGGGUCGGCGAGCGGUCCUGAACACGGACUUCCUGCGGGCGGCGGACGGCGGCGGGCGUCCGGACCGGCUGGUUUUCACGGUGACGGCGGCGCCGCGACACGGCCUGCUGCACGACGUGGCGCGGCCCGGCGUGCCGCUCGCCACGUUCACGCAGAUGGACGUCGCCGCGCAGCGCGUCUGCUAUACGCAUGAUAACGGACACGGGCACGGCAGUGACUCCUUCAGUUUGUCAGUGAGCAACGGCGACCACCGGCAAACCGGCACGGUCCACGUGACGGUGGAAGCGGUGGACCGGGUCCCGCCGACCUUGGAGACCAACGCGGGCGUGCGCGUGGCUCGGGGCGGCGUGGCGGCCAUCACGUCGCGCCACCUGCGGCUGAGCGACGCUCACGCCUCGGCCGCAGAGCUGAUUUUCGCGCUGACCCGCCCCCCGCGAUACGGUCGCCUGCUGCUGCGCGGCGUCCCGCUCGGCACCGCCGCCGCCUUCUCACAAGCGGACGUGGACGGGGGCGGCCUGGCGUACCGGCACGAAACGGGCGGUCGGCCGCUCAACGACAGCUUCGGCUUCCUACCGGGAGACGGUCACAACCGGGGCUACUUGAGAUUCGGGCGGCUGAGGGUGGAAGCGGACGUCUUUUGCAUCCACGUGGAGCACGUGGACCAGACGCCCCCUGUCCUGACGGUGUUGGGGCAGCCCAGCGAGGUGGUCCGGCUGAGCGACGGUCGCUACGGUGUCUACAUCACGUCCAAACAACUUCGGGCCGUCGACGACGACGCGCCGGCCGACCGGUUGCAGUUCUCUAUUCUCACGCCGCCGGCAUUCGGCCACUUGGAGAACGUGCGCACCGGUGCUUACGUCCGGGGACGCUUCACGCAACGGGACGUGGAGAGCCGCUCGCUGGUCUUCGUUGUUCCCGUUGACACGGAUGUGACGGAAGACCGCUUCCUAUUCCGCCUCAGUGACCCGGCAGGGAACGCCGCCGACCCGCAAACGCUGGCGGUGUCCUGGUCCCGAAUCGAGCUGUCGGCCGACUGCUUCCGGAUCUGCGAGACGGCCGGAACGCUGGCCGUCCCGAUCCGACGGAGAGGGAAGAGCGCCGACCCGGCCUACGUGGCCGUCCGGGUACGCGACGGCAGCGCCAAAACGGGCCGGGACUAUACGCACGGAAAGGCCAGAUUGAUCCAGUUCGAUCCAGGGGUGGAAGAGAAGACGUGGAAGAUUUACGUGGAAGCCGACGGCCUGGAGGAGAACCACGAGAACUUUACCGUCGCGCUGACCGAUCCUAAGAACGCCGUCUUGGGACGGGUCACCUCCGCCCAGGUGGUGAUCGUGGACCCCAGGGGAGGAAGCUGCGACCUCAGCGUAGAGGAGGCCCCGCCCCCUCCCCCGGUGACACCGCCUCGUCCCCCCGUUACUCCGCCCUCUCCGGCGGAGGAUGACGUCAUUCUGGAUGUGGAGGCGGAGCUAUUGUGGGAGAGCACCCACCCUCCCCGGGGGGACGUCCCCAACCGCAGACCGUUCUUAGACGAUGAACCACCGCGGCAGGAAGAGCCCGCGUUCAAUAUCGGUAGUGCUGGACUUAAGGUGGCGCCAGCGAGAGCAAAGCCCGAUCAGAAAGUCUGGACGUUCCACAGCCUGACGUCCUUACGGCUGGAAGAGGACCGGCGCCCGGUGGGCGACGUCCCACGGGCGCGCCGUCCGGGAAACGCCACGCGGACAGCUCGUGCCGAGGAGGCGGAGCCGCGCCGACGCAAAAUGGCGAGCUGCCCGCACGGUUGGACUCACCACAGGGGGCGCUGUUACAUGGCCGGCUCCUCCAUCGGCAGUUGGGCCAGUGCCCAGCGAGCCUGCUCCUUACUGUCCCCCGACAGCGCCCUGCCGAGCGUCCGAUCCGGACGGGAGCUCGGCUGGCUCUGGAGAUUUGGCGGCAGGAAGCCAUUUUGGAUGGGACCCGCCGACGAGGUGCAGCCUCACCAGUCUUGUUUCCUGGCGUCCAACUCGUCGCGAUGGACGCGCGACAGCUGCCGAGCCGAUGCGCAGCACGCCUUUAUCUGCGAGGCCCCGCCACGCGCCGGCUAGGAUCGUCACGUGUCACCUGUCUUCUAACCUGUCUUCACCUUAUUGUUACAAUACAAAAAUGUUCUCAUCAAUACUACAUGAAUUUAAAAACAAAUACUAAAAUGUUUUGUUAUCACUUUUCAAUGCCAAGGACACCAAUAGACGUCCAAUCCAAGGCAUCAGGGCGGCCAUGUUGGUAGGGGCAACAUACCCAUCAAGGUCAAUGCAUUGUUUGCCAUUGCCAGCACUAGACGUCCAAUCCAUUUGAAAUUGAAGGGUUGGUACUAACCUGCGAACAAACGUUUAUCGGCUGCCAGCCUCCCGCUUCAAACGAAUUGGACGUCUACUAAAACCAUUUAAAUUGACGGCAGAAGCAUGAAACGAUCAUGUCUAGCCCCUACCAACAUGGCUGCGCUGAGGCGACAUUCCCAUCAAAGUCUAUUGACAGCAUUAGACGUCCAAUCCAUUUGAAGUAAUUCACAAAAGCAUGAAAAGAGCUUUCCUUGCCACUACCAAUAUGGCCGCCCUAAGGCGACAUUCUUAUCCAGGUUAAAGCAUUGCAGCCUAACAUUAGCUUGAAAUAUUUACGUAAAAUGAACAAUAACUCCGUUUUUUGCUUUUAACCAAGUAUAUAGACCGUUUUAUGUUCAUACUAUCCACCAUAUAUAUAUAUGUAAUUACUACGGCUCGGCCCCAAGUCCCGUCAACUGAUAUUAAAGUCUAUAGAUAGCCAUAGACCGAUCAAUUGGACGUCUACUAGUGAUACUUUGAAAUUGAUAGCGAAGCAUGACAAGAUCUUUAAUUGCCCCUACCAAAAUGGCCGCCCAAAGGCAACGUUCCCAUUUCAGUCAAUGCAUUAACAUUCAAAUAAAGUCCUAACUAGCUUACUAGACCCGACUGGCCCCAUUUCAAGUGAGAGAACGUUUGUUCACAGGCUACUAACUCUCCACAUAAAAUGGAUUGGACGUCUAGUGUUGUCAAUGGCAAACAAUGCGUUGACUUUGAUGGCAAGUCAUUCAUUUGCUGCCAACUCUCCCACUUCAAAUGGAUCAGACAUCUAGUGAUGAACGACAGACGCAUGAUAUGGUCAUUAGUUGCCCCUACCAACAUGGCUGCCCUGUGGCCAUGUUUGUAGGGUCAAUAUUCGCAUUAAAGUCUAUGUAUUGUCUGCUAUUGACAGCACCAAAUGUCCAAUCCAUUUGAAGUCAUUCAUAGCAGAAGCAUGAAGAUUUUUCUUUGCCCCUGCCAACAUGGCCGCCCUGAGGCAACGUUCCCAUCCAAGUCAAUGCAUUAACAUUAAAAGGAAGUUGUAACAUG